GAAGUAAAUCCCAUUGGACUUAUUUAAAGUGGGCCUGUCAGCUUCAUCAGUGGAGCAUGGUGUCUCUGCCUUGACUCCAGCUGAAGGCUAUGGGGCAUCCUUCCCAUUCAGGGGUAUGGAAUCUGUGGCCCUCCAGAAGUUGCUUUCAUCCCUGAUCGUUGGGCUAGCUGUCUGGAGCUGGCUGAAGUUGUAGUCCCACAACAUAUUGAGGGCUGCUGGUUUCCCCACCCCUGCCUUAGUUAACCAUCCAGUUCCCUCAUCAGCUGCACUUUUUGCCCACCAAAACAGUUAAAUGGAGCUCCUACUGAAAUGAAAGAACUAGCCUUGCUAUUGACAUCUCCUCUAUCCAGCCCACUGCCUUGUGAGAACUGUACACAUUUCUCUGAACGGAGAAAUUUUUGUGAAGAAAGCCAUAUGAUACUGGGGGCAUUAACAAAUGCUAGGGUGUUGUGUUGGGGGGGGGGACAGGCAAGUCCUCUUCAUGGGAAAAGGUAUACUGUGUAUGUCUCUCUCCUUCCUGUCCUCUGCCAAAUGCAAUAUUAGUGUUAUGCCACACACUCUCCUCACAUCCCCAAACAAGGGGUAGCACUAUUGGAGAGGGUAGGGUCGAUCGUAUGUUUCCUGACAAGAGGAGAAGAGAUCUUUCUGAGCAGUUGAGCGGUCUCUGCAUUCAGACUAGGACGCUUGCCAAGCUUGUGAUCUUUUGAGAAGGUGCAAUGGCUGAAUUUUGCUCAUCCUCAGUGCCUAAGAGCGAUUUUUCCAACCCUGUAAUUAUUUGUUCAUCUCAUUUAUUUCCACUCAGAGGUGUCAGAAGAGGCAGUGCUCAAACUUUUCGGGGAAUACUUUUUCAGUUUCUGCAAGAUGUCUGGAUACGAUAGAAUGCUACGGACCCUAGGAGGAAAUUUGAUGGAGUUUAUUGAGAACCUUGACGCCCUUCAUAGCUAUCUUUCCUUGUCCUACCAGGAAAUGAAUGCACCAUCAUUCCGAGUAGAAAGAACCGAUGGGAUGUUGUUGCUCCACUAUUACUCCGACAGAAAAGGCCUUUAUCAUAUUGUCCCAGGAAUCCUUGAAGCUGUGUCAAGAGAUUUCUUUGACAGCGAAGUGACGCUGAAAAUUCUUCAUCAAGAUGUAGAAGAGGAGCGCACCGGGAAGAAAGAACACGUGGUGUUUUUUCUUUCUCAGAAUGAGAAAGAAGCAAAGAAUGGGGUCAAAGAAAAAAUAGCCUCUGCAGGUGGAGACUGUCGAGAGGAUGAAAAGGUGACGAAAUUGGUCCUGUCAAAAGUGGGAGGGGGUUACUAUAUGCAGGCGAAAUGUGGAAAUUCAAGAAAAGAUUCUCUCUUUGUAAAUUCACUCUGUGUGUUGUCUAUCACUCUCUGUUUCAUAGAGGACCUUAUUCGUACCUUGGAGCCAUUUUUUCCUGAGAGACUUUGGGUCGAGGAGAGAACUUUCUGUUGUGCGUUUCCUUUCCACAUUGUGUUUGAUGAAACACUGAAGAUCAAGCAGGCUGGUGUGAACAUUCAGAAAUUUGUACCAGGCUUGCAGAUCUAUGGAACCAGAUUAGAUGAGUAUUUCUCUAUUGUUCACCCACAAGUUACAUUCACAAUCUUUAGCAUACGGAAGUUUAUCAACAGCCAGUUUGUUCUCAAGAUACGAAGAGAUGCGCUACCUAAAUUAUGGGCGAGACGGCCCAUGCUAAAGCUCAGAGGACAAAUGAUCUGGAUGGAUUCCAUGCAGUGCAUGAUGUACUUGUGCUCCCCCAAGCUGCGCAGUUUGGAGGAAUUGGAAGAGCAACGGAUGCACCUCUCUGACAUUGCCCAGCACGACACAACAAGGGACCUCAUCCUCUUCAACCAGCAACGGCUGGCAGAGAUAGAGCUAUCUAACCAGCUAGAGAGGAAGAAGGAAGAGCUAAGGAUUCUCUCCAAAAACCUGGAAGCGGAAAAGAAGAAAUCGGAAGCUUUGCUGUAUGCCAUGUUGCCAAAACACGUGGCCAAUCAGCUUAAGGAGGGCAAAAAGGUGGAAGCAGGAGAUUUUAGUUGCUGCACAAUACUUUUCAGUGAUGUCGUGACCUUCACAAACAUCUGCUCUGCCUGUGAACCUAUUCAGAUAGUGAACAUGCUUAAUUCCAUGUACUCAAGGUUUGAUCGGCUAACUAGUGUCCACGGUGUUUAUAAAGUGGAAACAAUAGGAGACGCCUACAUGGUUGUAGGAGGGAUCCCAGUGCCUGUCAGCAGUCAUGCUGAAAGGGUGGCUAAUUUUGCCCUGGGCAUGAGAAUUGCUGCAAGGGAAGUGAUGAACCCACUCACAGAUAAGCCUAUACAGAUUAGAAUUGGGGUGCACACUGGUCCAGUUUUGGCUGGAGUGGUUGGGGAGAAAAUGCCCAGGUACUGCUUGUUUGGCGAUACAGUCAACACAGCUUCUAGGAUGGAAAGCCAUGGACUUCCAGACAAAAUCCAUCUGAGCCCAACAACGUUCAGAGCAUUAUCACACCAAGUGUUUGAGAUGGUGGAAAGGGGAGAAAUACAGGUCAAAGGCAAAGGGAAAAUGACAACACAUUUUCUGAGGAAAAACCUCCAUGCCACGGAGAAUGAAAUAAUGGGACGGCUGAAAGAGACAUCUGAGGACACUUUGGAAAGCCAUCAUGGCAAGAACGUUGUAAUAAUGAAGUAUGCUGAAGAUUCUCUUACAGCCAGGGAUGCAGAGCAUAGAGAAGAUGCGACAGGUUUGUUACAAUGUUCACCCAAUGCACAGAAGCUGUGGGAUUAGUAUUGGUUACCAUACUCAUGUUUAACUCCCAAUUUUGGAGGGGGGGGGAAGUGAAUGAUGAAUGUAAAAAACCUGUGGAAAAUGCACAUUUUUAAAAAAUAAUAAUAAAAAAGGAAGAGAAUGGGAUUUUUGCUGAUUUCCCCUACCUCUUCGAACUGUUGUCGCUUUGUUCUGGCAUUCUCUAUUAUUGUUUACCUAGAUGCAGAAACAUGGCACAUUCCCUUUCAGAAAUGAGAGUUGAACUGAAUUGGGGAGGGGGGGAAAUGAGUCAACUAUCAUUACCCAUGUGAAUUACUGCACUCCUGUGCGGCAGCAGACAAAAAUGGGGCUACCUCUAGGAUGGCUAACAAAUUGGAUCUAAAUUAUAAUGUUCCUGAUUGUUUUUCUCACACCUUUUGUUUCCUUCUCCCUGGUUACCUGUUAGGGGCUGAAAGAAAUUCACAAGAGAAAGAAGAAGCCUUACUUCCUAAUCUGACAGAGAGUGAGACUCCCUCAGCAUUUUGCGUUCUGUUUUAGAAAAAUGGUCCUAUGAGGAAUGAAAACUCAAUGGGGGGGGGAGAGAACUUCUGCAGGUUACCUACACUACAGCUUGGAAUGUAACCCUGCGUGAUGAAUUGGAGAAACGGCAAAGGAAGAGCAGGCAAUGUUUUGCUGAGAACAAAUGGGUUACUUCAUCCUUCUCUUAAAAUUUGCACUCCUUACAGGCCAAGCAUGAAAGGCUUCAUGUCAUUUGAAACGCCUUUCCUCCUUGUAAUGUUUGGCCACAUUGGAUGGAAUGAGAGAAGCCACAAGAAGCGCAGUUCUCCUUUCUAUCCAAAGCUAUGUGAUUUGGGGGGGGGCUGUUUGUCUGUAUGUGCAUAAAUACAUAAUUGAUGGGUGAUAUGGGUCUUAUAUAUUCUUUAAUGAUAUAUCUAUGAUUGUUUGGAAAGGUGUUCUAAAUCGCUUGGAGACCUUUGGGCAACUAGUGACCAACAAAGAACAAUAGACAAUAAACUGUCCUUCAGAAACAGAUGAAUUAUCUCAAAUUUAUUUAUAUGAAUAAUCAUAUCUGA